UUUAUUAAAAAAUGUUUCUGGUAUUCUUUUUGAUAUUAAUAUUAUUUGCAAAACAAGAAGCAACAAAACUUGAUAAUAAUACAGAAACAACAAGAGAAGAAGGAGGAAGAGGAGGAGAAAAAGAAGAAGCAACAGAAACAACAAUAACAAUGAAAAAUGAAGAAGCAACAAAAGCUGAAGCAAAUAGAAUAACUGAAGCAAAUAGAAAUAAAAAUGAAACAAGAAAGGAAAAUGAAACAAAAGAAGAAAUUAAAGCAAGUAAUAAAACUGAAGCAAAAAAUAAAACAAAAGAUGAAGCAGAAGCAAAAGUUAUAAAAUCUGCUAGACAAGAAGAAUCAACAACAACGUUGGAUGAUUUAAAUGAAGAAGAAUAUAUUUCUGCUUCAACAAUAACAACAUCUAGUAGUAGCAAUACUUCAACAGAUCGUUGUUUACAUGUUGAUUGCCCUAUUGUAUUUCCUGAUUGUCCUAGUGAUUCAGUUCCUAUCCUUAGCUUCACUCCAACAACUGAUAAUUCUUCAUUAGCAGAAGAUAAUUGUUGUUCCCUAACUAGAGUAGAAUGUAAAUGCGAUUCCCAAAAGUGUUUGGUCCCAAUAUGCCCUGAAGGAACAGAAUUAACAUUUACACACAAUGGGAGUGAUAAGCCCGGACAUUGUUGUGAUCAAUUUGAAUGUAGACUAAAUGAACCAAAUUGUCAAAAUGUUCAUUGUCCUGACACUUCUUCAAUAAUUUUGGAUCCUUAUUCACCCGAUGGACAUACUUGCCCAGAUGAUAGUUACCGGCCUAAACCUUACAUUCCAACUGGCGGUUGUUGUCCAAUCAUAUCGCAAUGUCAAUGCAAACUGAGCAUUUGUGAACCGGCUCUAUGCUUACCAGAACAGCAAUUGCUAAUAUUAGAACGAGGUCGAGGCGAGCCUGGUCAAUGUUGUGAUAAAUUUAAAUGUGUAAAUGAAGGAGAUGAAAUUGAAGGAUUAUUUUUAGAAUCUAGUAGUAAUAGUGGUUGCCGUUAUGGAGGUCAUAUUUAUGCUAAAGGUGAACAUUGGCAUGCAGCACCAUGUCAAGAAUGUGAAUGUAGCUCUGCUGGUGUUGCAUUAUGCAAAAGAAUGGAAUGCCCAGCCUUAUCACCUGAUUGUCAAUGGGUUGGUCUUUCACAAGGAGAAUGUUGCCCAGUCUGUUUAGGAUGUACUGAUGAUAAUGGUAAAAAUUAUUUGCCUGGAUCAAAUUGGGAACGUGAUGGGUGUACAAAUUGUACUUGUGGAGGAAGCGAAGAAAAUUUUGAUGAUGAUGAUUUUCAUUGGCAAUGUCAAAAAUAUAUUUGUCAAACAGAUUGUGAAGAGCCUAAACCUGCUGGAAGUAAUGAAUGUUGUCCUAUUUGCGAGGAUGGCCCAACAAUAGCUUUUGAAUCUUCAUUUUCCUCUUCAUCUUCCUGUCCGUCCCUUUCAAAUUGUGAAUUACUUUGUCAAUAUGGAUUGAAUCAAAACAAUUUUACUGGAUGUUUUGAAUGUAAAUGUGCUGGAGAUGGAGAAAAUAAUAAUGUUGAAAUUGAGGAAGAAAAUAAGCAACAACAGCAACAAUACGAUUCUAUUAAUAUUACAACAAGUUGUGAACCAGUAACAAAAGAAAAUUGUUUGUAUAAUGAUCAUGCUUAUAGUGUUGGGGAGAAUUUUCAGGUUGUGUUUAAAAUGUAUUUUUUAUUUUGUUUAUUUAUUGUGUUUCUGGUUGUGUUUUUUGUUUUUAUUUUUAUUGUGUUUUCUUGUUUCAAGUUUGUUUAUUUUGUGUUUUUCUUUUUUUUAAUUCAAGUUUAUUUGUUUUGUGUUUUUUUAUGUUUUAAUUCAAGUUUGUUUAUUUUGCGUUUUUCCAUGUUUUAUUUGUUUUGUGUUUUUCUUUGUUUCAUGUGUUUUAAUCGAAUUUUAUUUUUGUGUUUUUUUGUUUUAAUUCAAGUUUAUUUUUAUAUCACAACAUUAAUAAUAUUUUUGUAUUUUCAGGAUGGUCCUUUCCGUAACUGCAGUUGUCUUUUAGGCGGUAUGCUUAAAUGUGUAGAAAUUCACUGUCCACCUUGUUCCUCCUUAUCUCUACCAAUCAUUUCAACAACAGAUAAAAUUCAAAAUAAUCAACAAAUAGAAACAACAGGAAUGAAUUGGUGUUUACAAUUAUGUUUACAACAACAAAAACUAACUGAGAAUAAUAAAGAACAACAACAGCAACAACAACUUGUUGCCUUUGAGAGAGGAAAUGAACAAACACUACUUUUUGAAAAUUUACAACAACAGAAUGAUUCAACAACAACAACUAAAGGUAUCAAUAAUAACAACAACAAACAUCUACCCCACCACCAACAACAACAAACUUGGCCUCAACCUCAUUGGUUAUUUAUUGUUGCUGCUUUAAUUGUGGGUAUACCCGCGUUUGCUCUACUUUUACUUUUUGCAAUUUAUUUAUUAUUGGCUGUAUUGUUUAAUUCAAAAUAUAGGAAAUGUGGAAAACAAAGAAAUAUUGAACAAUCUAUGCUUCCAAUCACUAAUGAUAAUAAUCAAAAUAAUAAUAAUAAUAAAUGGCAUAUUUUUCAAUUGAUACCUAAACAUUUUACCAAAGAAAAACAACAACAAAAACAAAAUAAAAAUAUUUCCAAAAAUGUUUCUAGUUCAAAUAAUACAAAUAAUAAUGAUGCUUUAGUAGUUAAAGUAUCACUCUUGGGUAUUAAUAAAAAUAAAGAGGAGGAAAAAAAUGAAGAAGAAAAAUAAAAAAUUAUUGAAACCUUGUAUUUUUUUUAAAUCUUGUAUUUUCUCAAGUCACACAAAAAUUAUUCUCAAGUCAAGCACAAACAAACAAACACU